CUGUUUCAGAGCGAUCACCUCCUUCCUCCUUCAGCUCCACCGGAGAAGAAUAAUGUCUUCCCUUCUGCUACUACUCACGGUGGCGCAGCUACUUUGCGCCGGUUGCUCCGACGCCGCACCGCGCUGCAAUGCCUGUGGCAACACUUCUGUUCCUUACCCACUCAGCACCGGACCCAAUUGCGGUGACCAAUCCUACAAGAUCUGUUGUGACGCGGGCACACUCUGGUUUGAUACCCUUAACUCUACCUAUCCCAUCGAAUCCAUCAACCACUCCACUCAACGGUUCGUGAUACGCCCAGCCAGCUUUGCCGGAAACACCUGCAUCACCACCGAUUUCAACAGCCAUGGCAUCCAACUCGACAGCAGCCUCCCUUUCAAUGUCACCAGCAGCAACACCAUAUUCUUCCUCAACUGCUCCGAAAAUUUGCUGGGAUCACCUCUCAAUUGCUCGUCGACAAGCCUCUGUCACACCUACAUAAACGCUACAUCGGAGGCGGCAGCGUGUGAGCAAGCUGGCCUCUGCUGCUCAUUCAGGGCGGGUGGUUCCGUUACCGCCUAUUCCAUUAGGGUUCGGAAUGAGGGGUGCAUGGCAUAUCGGAGUUUUGUGAAUUUAGACUAUUCGUUGCCGGUGAGUAAGUGGCCGGAGCCAGGGGUGGAGAUACAGUGGAAGUCGUCGCAGGAGCCAAUCUGCCACUCCCAAACAGAUUGCGACGAGGGGUUCAAUUCCACAUGCCAAGCCGACCCAUCGAAUUCCGGACUGAUGAGAUGCUUAUGCGUUAAUGGGCUAUCUUGGGACCCUAUCAGCGGAUCUUGUGUUAACAGUCUAACGACGGGAUUAGGAGUGGCGUUGGUUGCGGUAGUGGUGGCUACUCUGGUCUACAAGCGACACAGUCGCAUCAAAGAGGCGCAGGAGCGGCUUUCCAGAGAGCGUGAAGAUAUCCUAAACGCUAAGAUUUUCACGGGUAAGGAGAUGAAGAGGGCAACCAAUAACUUCUCCCACGAACGACUGCUGGGCUCCGGUGGUUUCGGUGAAGUUUAUAAGGGCAUCCUCAAAGACGACACCAUCAUCGCCGUCAAGUGCGCCAAGCUUGGGAACACCAAGGGCGUCGAUCAGGUCCUCAAUGAGUUGAGGAUCCUCUGCCAGGUGAAUCACCGCAACCUCGUACGCCUCCUUGGCUGCUGUGUUGAGCUGGAGCAACCUCUAAUGGUGUAUGAAUACAUCCCGAACGGUACCCUGUUCGACCAUCUACACACGCUUCACCCCCGCACCCCGUCUAAGCUAACCUGGCUGCGCCGCCUAAGCAUUGCCCUACAGACGGCCGAGGGGCUUGCCUACCUCCAUUCCUCCGCUGUGCCUCCCAUAUACCACCGUGAUGUGAAGUCCAGCAAUAUACUACUAGACGAGAAGCUGAACGCCAAAGUCUCAGAUUUUGGGCUUUCCCGGCUUGUAGAAACUGAUCUUAGCCAUGUCUCCACCUGUGCUCAGGGGACUGUGGGCUAUCUUGACCCGGAAUACUACAGGAACUACCAGCUGACAGACAAGAGCGAUGUCUACAGUUUCGGAGUCGUCUUGCUGGAGUUGCUGACGUCGCAGAAAGCCAUAAACUUCAAUAGAGAGCCAGACGACGUGAACUUGGCUGUCUAUUUCCAGAGGAAGGUGGAAGAAGAGAAGGUAAUAGACAUUAUCGAUCCAAUGCUCAUUGUGGGAGCCAACGACAGUGAUCUGAAGACCAUGAAGGCUUUGGGGUUUCUGGCGUUGGGUUGCUUGGAGGAGCGGAGACAGAACCGACCUUCUAUGAAAGAAAUUGUGGAAGAGAUAGAGUACAUUAUGAGUAUCGCAGCAGCGGUAGCUGCAGAGGAAGUUUCUGUAGUAACGGAAUGUGUUUGAUAUUGGGUGCAAGAGAGCUUAAAGAUGAAAUGGUUCCUUCCACCUGGGCAUGGA